UGUACGAGAGGCACUAUCUUCUGUUAGCGUCCUUGGAAACGUUAUAAUUCGCUCCCAAUUCUGAGACGAGAUUCGUGAGAACCGCGCCGGAUGCAAGGUUAUGUACUAAAUUGUUUGUUGCUUUGAAUCAACCAAGGAAUCCGACUGUUUGCGUUUCUCAAAUUUGGAAUGGCCAUUCAAUUGCAGUUGCAGCAGCGGAAUUUUGGGCGUCCAUUGGAGUCUGCUGCUGAGUUUCAUCGUUAUCUUCAACUAGGAAACGGCCAGUCCAGUCUUCUUCUUUCGCAGGAGUGUUGGAGUAAAUCUGAUUCUCGGAUAGGUAAUUUUGUGGCGGAAAUGUCCGUGGAUCAGAUUGAUCGUUUCAUUCGAUUGGAGAGUGAAAGAUUCAGAUUACUCCUGCAACAUAAGAUAAAUCAACAAAUUAGAGUGUUGCUGAACCAGAUCGAAAACAGAACGCGCGUCCUGCUUCAGCAGAAGGACGAAGAGAUCGCUAGCACGAACAUGAGGACGAUCCAACUUGAACAACUAUUGAUGAAAUUAGAAAUGGAGAAUCAAAAGCGGAAGAGAGCAGUAGAAGAGAAUCAAGCGAUGGUAGCGUCGCUUAGUCACGCGCUGAAUGAAAUGAGAGAGAAGCUUUUAGCCAGCGCGAACGACGCCGAGUCCAGCAACAACAACGUCAGAAUCGGAGAAGACGACGCCAGUGAUUUCGGAAAUAAUAAAAAGAGGAAGAAGAUGAGGAUGAUUUGCCAAAUCUGCAACUCUCGGAUUUCGUGCGUGCUGUUGUUGCCUUGCAGGCACCUGUGUUCAUGUAAGUCAUGCGCGAGUGCUCUCGAAUUUUGCCCCGUCUGCAACGCGACGAAGAAGGCCAGCAUAGAGGCUGUGAUUUCCUAGGCAAACAAUCCGCGAAAAAGGUAAAGAUGCACAGAAACCGUCUCAAUUUCAAACCUCACUUUUUUGGUUGGAUUUUGGAAUUAUAUCCGUUUUUCCAUUUUUCUGAUUUUUCAUUUGAACAAGCUGUAAUUGAUUUUUCUUUUUCGGAAUCAAACUACACAGAAAAAGCAUCCAAUAAACUUUGCUGGAUUAUUCUUUGUUUGUUA